GGGCAUGUUAUUCUAGCCCCAGCAUGAGUGAGAUUGUCUAUGACUGCCAAGGUAUUAACUGCCUUUCUUUCCUUUAGCAGCCGGCGAGCUCUGUGUCAGGGCAAGGGGGUGCAGAGAGUCAGGACAGGAUGAGGGAUAGUUCAGUUCCAAGCUCAGCUUCAUCGUCAGUGACAGAUCUAUUCUGCACCCCCCGCAGCAGUAGGUCAGACCUCUUCCUCCCAGGUACAUCUGGAGACUUCAGCCUGAGUGCCAGCUUAUCAGCCUGUACCCUGCUCUAUGAGGGUGCGGUAGAGCCCAUGCAGAUUGAUGUAGACCCACAAGAAGAUCAGCAAAAUGCACCUGAUAUCAACUACGUGGUGGAGAACCCAACUCUGGAUCUGGAACAGUAUGCAGCGAGUUACAGCGGCCUGAUGAGAAUUGAGCGGCUGCAGUUCAUUGCUGACCACUGCCCGCAGCUGCGCGUGGAAGCCCUCAAGAUGGCUCUCUCAUUUGUCCAAAGAACAUUCAAUGUUGACGUUUAUGAAGAAAUUCAUCGGAAACUGACUGAAGCCACAAGAGAGCUCCAGAACACACCUGAUGCUGUACCGGAUGGAGGGAUAGAGCCUCCUCCUCUAGACACAGCCUGGGUUGAGGCAACACGCAAAAAAGCUCUUCUCAAGUUGGAAAAGCUGGAUACAGAUUUAAAGAACUAUAAGGGGAAUUCAAUCAAGGAAAGCAUCAGGAGAGGCCAUGAUGACUUGGGUGAUCAUUACCUUGAUUGUGGAGACCUCAGCAAUGCCCUCAAAUGUUACUCUCGAGCCCGUGAUUAUUGCACCAGUGCAAAGCAUGUUAUUAACAUGUGCCUCAAUGUUAUCAAGGUCAGUGUUUACCUUCAGAAUUGGUCCCAUGUCCUGAGCUACGUGAGCAAGGCAGAAUCUACGCCAGAAAUUGCAGAGCAACGAGGAGAACGUGACAGCCAGACACAGGCAAUCCUCACCAAAUUGAAGUGUGCUGCAGGCUUGGCUGAGCUAGCUGCCCGGAAAUACAAGCAGGCAGCAAAGUGCUUCCUCUUGGCCUCGUUUGAUCACUGUGACUUCCCCGAGCUGCUGUCUCCUAGCAACGUAGCUGUGUAUGGUGGCCUGUGUGCACUAGCUACCUUUGACCGUCAGGAACUGCAACGCAAUGUCAUCUCCAGUAGUUCGUUUAAACUGUUCUUGGAGCUGGAACCGCAGGUGCGUGACAUCAUCUUCAAGUUCUAUGAAUCCAAAUAUGCCUCAUGUCUCAAGAUGCUGGAUGAGAUGAAGGAUAACCUGCUACUGGAUAUGUACCUGGCACCUCAUGUGAGAACACUGUACACGCAGAUCCGGAACCGGGCCCUCAUCCAGUAUUUCAGCCCGUAUGUGUCGGCAGACAUGCGCAAGAUGGCCACUGCAUUCAACACCACAGUGGCAGCUCUGGAAGAUGAGCUCACUCAGCUGAUCCUGGAAGGGCUGAUUAACGCCAGAAUAGACUCUCACAGCAAGAUUUUGUACGCACGAGAUGUUGAUCAGCGCAGCACCACCUUUGAAAAGUCUUUGCUGAUGGGGAAGGAAUUUCAGCGCCGCGCCAAAGCUAUGAUCCUGCGAGCAGCUGUCCUACGUAACCAGAUCCAUGUGAAGUCUCCUCCUAGAGAAGGAAGCCAAGGAGAACUCACUCCAGCGAACAGCCAGUCCCGAAUGAGCACCAAUAUGUAAAGCUCUAGGAAUCAUCAAAAGACUCUCCCCCUCCCCCCACUGCACCUGGGAACAUGCGCAUCCAGCAUCCGAGCCACCAACGAUCCCUGGGUGCCUUUUCUGUCUCUCUGGGUGUGGGAGGGGCAGGACUAUUUGGGGGGGCAUGCCUUAGGAGUCCGGUAAUUCCUUUUAGAAUUGAAACUUCCAUUAGAUGCUGCACUGCGAGAAUACAUGAGCAUGUGAAUGCUGGGUGCAUCUUGUCCUUCCCCAGGGUAUUUCACAAACAGAGGCUUAUCUUGGGUUCUUGCACUUGCCAAUAGACCUCUGUAGUUUCCAUUCAGUAAACCAUAGCGAGAAUAUGGAA